AGCCGCUGCUGCCAGCGGCCACUGUCAGGGCGCCAGCAGCCGAGCGCACACACGGCUGGAGAGAGCACCGCUGCCUUGGCACAUGGGCGGCCCCUAGCUCAAGCGGCUGGGGUCUCGCAGCCCUACCUCCUAUCCCCCUCGGCUUUGGCCACUGGAUCAGUCAUGUCUCUCGGCGGAGCCUCGGAGCGCAGCGUCCCGGCCACCAAGAUUGAAAUUACUGUGUCGUGCCGGAAUCUGCUAGACCUGGACACCUUCUCCAAGUCGGACCCCAUGGUGGUGCUUCACACGCAGAGCCGGGCCAGCCAGGAGUGGCGGGAGUUCGGACGAACGGAGGUGAUUGACAACACACUGAACCCAGACUUCGUGCGCAAAUUCGUCCUCGACUAUUUCUUUGAAGAAAAGCAAAAUCUCCGCUUCGAUGUGUACAACGUCGACUCCAAAGCCAACAUCUCCAAACCGAAGGAUUUCCUGGGACAAGCGUUCCUGGCCCUAGGAGAGGUGAUUGGAGGCCAGGGCAGCCGUGUGGAGCGACCUCUUACGGGUGUGCCAGGCAAGAAGUGUGGGACCAUACUGCUGACUGCUGAGGAGCUCAGCAACUGUCGGGACAUUGCCACCAUGCAGCUGUGUGCAAACAAGCUGGACAAAAAGGACUUCUUUGGAAAGUCAGACCCUUUCCUUGUGUUCUACAGGAGCAAUGAGGAUGGCACGUUCACCAUCUGCCACAAGACAGAGGUUGUGAAAAACACCCUGAACCCAGUCUGGCAGCCCUUCAGCAUCCCUGUGCGGGCACUGUGCAAUGGAGACUAUGACAGAACAGUGAAGAUCGACGUCUAUGACUGGGACCGAGAUGGAAGCCAUGACUUCAUCGGUGAAUUCACAACCAGCUACCGGGAGCUGAGCAAGGCCCAGAAUCAGUUCACAGUGUAUGAGGUACUUAACCCUCGGAAGAAAUGUAAGAAAAAGAAAUAUACCAACUCGGGGACUGUGACACUCCUUUCCUUCUCUGUGGACUCAGAAUUCACUUUUGUGGAUUACAUCAAGGGAGGGACACAGCUGAACUUCACAGUAGCUAUUGACUUCACUGCUUCCAAUGGGAAUCCCCUGCAGCCUACCUCGCUGCACUACAUGAGUCCCUACCAGCUCAGCGCCUAUGCCAUGGCCCUCAAGGCAGUGGGAGAGAUCAUUCAGGACUACGACAGUGACAAGCUCUUCCCAGCCUAUGGCUUUGGGGCCAAGCUGCCCCCAGAGGGGCGGAUCUCGCACCAGUUCCCCCUGAACAACAAUGAUGAGGACCCCAGCUGUGCAGGCAUUGAGGGCGUGCUGGAGAGUUACUUCCAGAGUCUGCGCACAGUGCAGCUCUAUGGUCCCACCUACUUUGCUCCUGUCAUCAACCAGGUGGCCAGGGCUGCAGCCAAGAUCUCGGAUGGUUCCCAGUACUAUGUUCUGCUCAUUAUCACUGAUGGCGUCAUCUCUGACAUGACACAGACCAAAGAGGCCAUUGUCAGCGCCUCCUCACUGCCCAUGUCUAUCAUCAUUGUCGGUGUCGGACCUGCCAUGUUUGAGGAAUGGGACAUGCAGGAAGGAAGGCAUAGUAAGGAUAAUAACAACAAUUCCACACCACCGUGGAUGCACGCAUCAGCAAUGGAAGAACUGGACGGUGAUGACGUACGCGUGUCCUCCAGGGGACGGUAUGCAGAGCGGGACAUCGUUCAGUUUGUCCCAUUCCGAGAUUAUGUUGACCGAUCGGGGAACCAGGUGCUGAGCAUGGCACGCUUGGCCAAGGAUGUGCUAGCUGAGAUCCCUGAGCAACUGCUGUCCUACAUGCGCACCAGGGACAUCCAGCCUCGGCCUCCACCUCCUGCCAACCCCAGCACAACCUCAGCUCCAGAACAGCCCUGAGGACUCCACAUAUCCAAUGCUUAGUGUUCUGCUUACCUGCCCACCCUCUGGAAGCUAAAGGUACCUGGAGUUCUGGACCUCGCCAGAAGAGUCAUCUCAGGUGAUCAGUGCUGGCUGAAAAGCUUUUUGCCCCCUGACUACAGAAAGGCCUGGCAUGAUCACCACCUACCUGCCUCAUGCCAAUAAUAAAGCAGAUCUUACUUCA